AUGAGGCAUGGCCAGAGAGGAAAAUCUGCCUUAAAGGACCUCGUUAGCGGAAAAACGCAGGGUGGCUCUGUGUCCGAGGCAUGACGUAGAAUACAAUGCCUGGCUCAUGGGCCAGGUCGCCAGGUGGGGACGUGACCCUCCACUCCUGGCGUAAGAGAUGUGGUUAAUCAACAUCAGAGGUGUGGAUUUGACUGUGCAGUGGUGGUGGUGAUUCCGCGGUGACCGCGGGAGGUGGGCGUGGUCAGACAAUUGGGGCGUGGCCAGGCUCGUGGAGCCCAGGCACCCAACCAACGCUCCGGUAACCUGCUCAGGCUCGAGGCCAGAACUGGAUAUUAACGGUCCCGGUCCGGCGGUGUCCGGAGCCGGGUGGCCGAGCUGCGGUCCAGGACAAGGAGCGGAUGUAGGCAAAGCCUCCCACCCACCCGCGAUGUGUCGACUGGGGGUCCUGCUGCUGCUGCUCACCUCAGCCUUCGUGUCCUCCUCUGCUGCCCCGAUCCAUGAUGCCGACCCUCAGGAGGGCAACUCCGGGUUUCUGGGCCUUCAGAGUCUUCUUCAAAGCUUCAGCCGACUGUUCCUAAAAGAUGACCUACUGCGAGACCUGGACAACUUCUUCUCCUCCCCCGUGGACUUCCGGGACCUUCCCAAGAACUUCCAUCAGGAAGAGAACCAGGAGCACAGAAUGGGGAACCAUACCCUCUCCAGCCACCUGCAGAUAGACAAGGUGACUGAUAACGAGACAGGGGAGGUGCUCGUCUCUGAGAAGGUGGUGGCCUCCAUUGAACCAGAGGGGAACACAGAAGGGGCCUGGAAGGUGCCCAAAGUGGAGGAGAAAGAGACUCUGGUGCCUGUGCCGAAGGCCACAGACAGUUUGCACCCAGAGCCCCGGCGGGUGGCUUUCUGGAUCAUGAAGCUGCCAAGGCGGAGGACGCAGCCUGAUGUGGAGGAUGGGAGCCGCUGGCUCAUAGAAAAGCGACAUCGCCUGCAGGCCAUCCGGGAUGGGCUCCGUGGGGGCGCCCAUGAGGACAACUUUGAGGAAGGGGUCCAUGUCCCCCAACACGCCAAGCUGCCUAUACGAAAGACACACUUUCUCUACAUCCUCAGGCCAUCCCAGCAGCUAUAGGGUGGGGACUGGAUGUCCCUGCACGUCUUCACCCUACCCCAGCACCAUAUGGAAAUAAAGUUUUUCUUACGUCUAACAUUA